AUGUCUACCAUGGAUAAAGUCAAGCACGCUCUUCACCUCGACAAGGACAAGUCCACCACCUCCACCACCCACCACAAUGGAGGUGUUCCAGAAGGAACGGCAGGCCCUCAUUCGAGCCGCGCAGCCAACGCUGUUGAUCCAAGAAUUGAUUCAGACCUUGAUAGCUCGAGAACUGGUGGCAUCAACGGCACAACCCACACAGGCCACGGCACGACCGGGGGCUACACUGGGACCGGCACAGGAGUGACAGGCACUUCAGGAAGCACCACUGCAGGCCCUCAUAGCUCAAACCUCGCAAAUAAGAUCGAUCCUACCGUAGACUCGGAUUUGGACGACUCCCGAAACAUGGGUGCAACCUCAGGACAGCGAACUGCAGGCUAUUCUGGCACUGGAGUUGGUAACAACAUCGGAUCGAACACGGGAACCACUGGUGGAAUUUCUCACUCCACGAAUGCUGGCCCUCACGAUUCAAACCUAGCCAACAAGGUCGAUCCCCGUGUGGAUAGCGACUUGAGUUCCACUGGUAACCGCCAUGGCGCUUCGACAACAGGAGGUAUUUUGGGAUCUUCAGGGACCCACGCAACCCCUGGAUCUGGAACUGCACAAAACACUGCAGGGCCACACAACAGCGAUAUGCUCAACAAGGUCGACCCGCGUGUUGACAGCGAUCUGUCUGGUGGAAAGACAUACGGCGGAAAUGCCACCCAUAAGUAA